UACUCAUAGAUUUAGUUAGUGCAGUGGAGUUAGCUGGAUAAGCACCUCACACCAGUGAGUAGUAGGGUGCUAGCGAGCAACGUGCCAGUGCAAUGGCAGCUACACCGACUCCCACGCUGGUGCUCCUGCCGGAGUGGGGCGCCGGGCACCUCAUGUCCAUGAUCGAGUCCUGCAAGCGCAUCCUCCUCGCCGGAGACCGCGCCUUCUCCAUCACGCUGCUCGUCAUGCGGCCGCCCACCGCCGAGGCCACCUCCCAAGUCGAGGCGCAUGUCCACCGCGAGGCCGCCUCCGGCCUCGACAUCCGCUUCCAUCGCCUCCCCGCCGUCGAGCCUCCAGCCGAUGCGGCGGGAGUCGAGGAGUUCAUCGCGCGCUACAUCCAGCUCCACGCUCCCCACGUCAGGGACGCCAUCUCGGGGAUGUCGUGCCCCGUCGCCGCGCUCGUGCUGGACAUGUUCGCGUCGCCGAUGGUCGACGUGGCCCGCGAGCUCGGCGUGCCGUCCUACGUGUUCGUGUCGUCCACCGGCGCCAUGCUCGCGCUCAUGCUGCACCUGCCCGUUCUGCACGAGGCGGUCACCGUGGAGUUCGACGAGGUGGAAGGGGAGGUGCACGUGCCCGGCUUGCCGCCGAUACCGCCGGAGUGGAUGCCGUGCCCGGUGGUGGACAAGAAGAGCCCCAACUACACGUGGUUCGUGCGCCUGGGCGACCGCUUUAUGGACGCCACGGGCAUCAUCGCGAACACUGCAGACGAGCUCGAGCCGGGGCCCCUGGCGGCCAUCGCCGAGGGCCGCUCCGUGCCCGGGCACCCCGCGCCGCCGGUAUACCCCAUCGGUCCCGUGCUUUCGCUUGGAAGCAAGAAGGACUCUACCGGGCCGCCGCACGAGUGUAUCUCGUGGCUCGAGGCGCAGCCGCCGGCGUCGGUAGUGUUCCUCUGUUUCGGUAGCAUGGGAUGGUUCGAGGCAGCGCAGGUGGUGGAGAUUACCGCCGCGCUGGAGCGGUGCGGCCACCGCUUCCUGUGGGUCCUCCGGGGACCGCCUGCUGCGGAGUCGGGCGCCGGCGCGCCGGACGGAUCGGAGCACCCGACGGACGCGAACCUGGAGGAGCUCCUCCCAGAGGGGUUCUUGGAGAGGACCAAGGGCAAGGGCCUCGUGUGGCCGGCGUGGGCGCCGCAGAAGGACAUCCUCGCCCAUCCGGCCGUGGGGGGAUUCGUGACGCACGGCGGGUGGAACUCGGUGCUGGAGAGCCUGUGGCACGGCCUGCCCAUGGCGCCCUGGCCUCUGUACGCGGAGCAGCACCUGAACGCGUUCGAGCUCGUCAACGACAUGGGCGUCGCCGUGCCACUGAAGGUGGACCGGAAGCGGGAUAACUUCGUAGAGGCAGCGGAGCUGGAACGAGCGGUCAAAUCCCUGAUGGGCGCCGGCGAGGAGGGGAGGAAGGCGAGGGCGAAGGCCGCGGAGAUGAGGGACGUGUGCCGCAAGGCCGUGCACAAGGGCGGCUCUUCAGAGGCAGCGUUGAUAAGGCUCUCCGAGGCGCUUCACCAAGGCGCCGCGCUCCCGAACAUGUGAAAACAUGUCUAUAGUCCUACUAUAUCUAAGCAGUGUCAAUAAAGGAUAGUGCUGAGCAUCCUCCGGAGGAUAUUUUCCCCGGAACCUUCAACUCCCCUGCCCGACACGUGUCCUCCGGGAUCAUACCCAUGUGCAGCACUCAACUCCCCCGUGCAAGGAAAAUGAAAAACAAACGAAUCUACAGACAUGGUUGACGUGCGUACUACAAGAGCACCUUCGUUCGCCCCGCACACGAAGAAAAGCUGACGCCGGCGGCUUGCAGCACCGCGGUGGCGCUCGAUGGCGGGCUUGCAGCACCGGCAGGGCACUUUUGCAGCUCCCAUGGCGCUCAUUUGCAGCUCCGGCGGAGCCGACGUCGACGGCUUGCAGCACCACGGUGGCGCUCGACGGCGGGCUUGCAGCACCGGUGGGGCACUUUUGCAGCUCCCAUGGCGCGCGUUUGCAGCUCCGUCGGAGCGGCAUCGACGGCUUGCAGCACAGCGAUGGUGCUCGACGGCGGCUUGCAGCACCGGCGGGACACUUUUGCAGCUCCCAUGGCGCGUGUUUGCAGCUCGACGAAGCGGACGUCGGCGGCUUGCAGCACCGCGGUGGCUCGACGGCCGGCUUGCAGCACCGGCGGGGCACGUUUGCAGCUCCCAUGGUGCACGUUUGCAUCUCCGGCGGCAUCGACAUCGGCGGCUUGCAGCACCAUGGCCGCGCUCGACGGCGGUCUUGCAGCACCAGCGUGGUACUUUUGCAGCUCCCAUGGCUCGCAUUUGCAGCUCCAGCGGCAUAGCUUUGAAGCUCCGGCGGCGCAGCGCCACCACCCUCCCCGGGAAGCACCUCCCUCUUCUAAGAGAAGGCAGCACCGCCGCCCACCGUAGGUAGCAUCAUUGGCUGCCACUCGUAGCAUCGAUUCCACCGAUUGCAGCGCCGCCACCCACCACUGGUAGCUGCGCCGGCCGCCGCUUGUCGCAUCGCCGCCCUGCCACUUGUUGCCCUUGCAGCAACUGUGGUUUGCGAGCACCACCGCAAAAUCAAGAUGGGGAGCAGCGGGCAACGCCUUGGUGCGGAAAAACGACGGCGCCACGGGGGAGAGAGAGGGAUGGUGGCGCAUUGGCGAGAUGGGAGCGGCGGAGCUGGUCGAAGUAGAGCUCCGGUAGGAGACAUGGCUUGCGAGUUUCUUGGUGGCGUGAAUGUAGGAGAAAGAGAUGGGGGAUUAGUGUGGACGGGAGAAGAUGAGGUGAGAAGAUAAGGUAGGUGGUGGGUCCCACCACACAUGGUCAGUUCUUUCUCUCAGGGACGCGUGGCGCAUGGUCAAGGCAGCGUGCGUUGUAUCCUCUCGAGGAAAACGAGCAUUUUCCGUCAAUAAAUGUCAUUUUUUGUCAUGUGUAGCACCUAAUAUAAGGUAUUUCAAACUAAAGACUUACCACAUUUGUAAAACACAACAUUAUCUACAUCUAGAUAUUUUUUC